AUUGAAAAGCUCUAAAGAUUUUGUUGCUGCACACUUUUUCGUUCCCUCAAUUCCCCUCUCUCUCCUCUCUCGAUCCAUAGUGUGCUUCUAGGGUUUGGAUAUUUCUCAACAAUUUAGUAUUUUUCAGAUUAAAAUUGUUGAUAUGAAGCUCACCGUCAAAACUCUCAAAGGCAGCCACUUCCAAAUUAGCGUUCAUGCUACCGAUACCAUAAUGGCUGUUAAGAAAUGCAUUGAAGAUGUGCAAGGCAAAGAUAAUUAUCCAUGUGGUCAGCAGUUGUUGAUUUAUAACGGGAAAGUGUUGAAGGAUGAAAGUACCUUAGCUGAUAACAAGGUCUCCGAAGAUGGCUUUCUUGUUGUCAUGCUAAGCAAGAGCAAAAGUUUGAGUUCAAGUGCUUCAACUUCUUCUCAGCCUGCUUCUACUGCUGCAUCAGCUAGUAAUCCGGCUGCACCAGCUAGUAAUCCGGCUGCACCAGCUAGUACUCCGGCUGCACCAGCUAGUACUCCGGCUCCACCAGCUAGUAAUCCAUCUCCUGCAGCUGAAGCUCGACCAUCUGUACUGGCUCCUAAGAGCACGGGACCAGCUUCUGUUGCUCCGUUAGCAAGUGAUCAAUCUGGUUCGUACGAGGAAGCUGCUUCCAGUUUAGUUGUUUCUGAUAAUCUUGAGCAGACUAUUCAACAACUGAUUGAUAUGGGUGGUGGUAGUUGGGACAAAGAGACAGUGAGACGUGCUCUUCGAGCUGCAUACAAUAAUCCAGAACGAGCCGUUGAUUACUUGUAUUCAGGAAUCCCUGAGAACACAGAAGUUGAUGUUCCAUUGGCUCAACCUCCCGUUGAUUCCAUAGUUGCAUCUGGUCCACCAGCUUUAGGAGGACCGAACUCCUCCCCGUUGAAUUUGUUUCCUCAGGUUCUUCUUCAUCCUGGUGCUGCUUCGUAUUUCUUGUUUUUUCAUGUUUCUUACCGUCCAUCGGAAACUCUCCAGGAGACUAUUUCUGGUGCUGGAUCCCUCGGUUUCCUCAGGAACAAUCAACAGUUUCAAGCACUGCGUUCACUGGUUCAAGCUAAUCCACAAAUUCUACAGCCCAUGCUUCAGGAGCUCGGAAAGCAAAAUCCUUCACUCCUGAGACUCAUACAAGAAAACCAUCAGGAGUUCCUCCAAUUAAUUAAUGAACCCGUUGAUGGUUCUGAAGGGGAUAUAUUUGAUCAGGCUGAGCAGGACAUGCCCCAUGCCGUGAGUGUCACACCUGCGGAACAGGAGGCAAUUGAAAGAAUGGAAGCCAUGGGGUUUGAUAGAGCUCUCGUGAUCGAGGCAUUUUUAGCUUGUGAUCGCAACGAAGAACUAGCAGUGAACUACUUGUUGGAAAACGCUGGAGAUUUUGAAGAUUGACAGCGCUGACAGGUUUAGAUUGACGAUUUUUAAAGUUCAACACAACAAGGUUGAAAGAAUUUUUCCUUGUUAUACUCGUAACAUUUUGAAAGAUAUAUAUGUUUGGUGUUGGUUGAGGGUGUGGAUUGAUAAUUUAUUGAUGAUGGUGAUCAACUAAAGUUCGAUUG